CCACAGGCAUUCUCAUGUUCCAAGAUAUACCAGACGAAUAGCUCCAUGUCCAUUCCACAGUCUUGCUAAUCGCUCAACCCUAUAUCGCUAUCCUCACUAUUCUUAGGCCCCACCAGCCAAUAUGGCAGCGACCACCAACCCCCUCCACGGGACGCAAAACUCGUCCGGCCUCCCCGUCUCCUCCCGCACCAUCACAAUCGCCGGCAUCCUCGUCGACGUCCAUGGCCUCGACCAACUGCCUCCUUCGCCAUCGUCAGUCGCCUGCCUAUGGCUUCUCAACCCACGACUGCAGACGAAAGAGACCAUGGCUCCUAUAGCCAGACGGGUCAUCUCUACGUGGAACAAGCGCAUACAAGACGGUCGGGCUGGCAAGAACCCCAAGGGCUUAAUCGCCGCUGCCUUUGACCAACGUAAUCAUGGAUCGCGCAAGGUGGACGAUUUACAUAAUCAGGCAUGGAGGGAAGGAAACGAGACGCAUGCGCAAGACAUGUUUGGAUGCUUCCACGGCACCGCGACCGACACCUCUCAGCUCAUCAACCAUCUCGAAUCCUACAUCUUCACUGCCAAAGAUAGCCCCAAGAUCGAACAACACUUUGCCCUAGGUAUCUCGCUGGGUGGACACGCGACAUGGCAUUGCUUGCUAGGUGACCCCCGCAUCACCGCUGGCGUAGUCGGCAUCGGCUGUCCAGACUACACGCGCUUGUUAACUGAUCGCGCACGGUUAUCCAAGAGAAAGACAUACACGGAAACAACACCACCUGGAAGCACAUUCCUCGGAUCGCCCGACUUUCCACAAGCGCUACAGGACGCCAUCGCCCAGUAUGACCCUGCCGGUCUACUGCUACCGGGCAUGUUCAAUCCUCUAGGAAACGACACACUACCCGAUCAAGAGCAACUGUCCAGAAUGAAGGCUCUGAUGAAGGAGAGACUUCAGGGCAAGCGCAUCCUGAACCUCAGUGGACAGGCAGACAAGCUUGUGCCCUACGCGGCAGGUGAGCCGUUCUACAAGAUCUUUAAACAGGUACUAGCAGAAGACCCAAGUCUUGACAUCACCUUCGAAGACGUGUUAUUCGAGGGCGUAGAACACGCUUUUCCGAAGCCAAUGGCAGACAAAGCAGCGGACUGGCUAUGUGACAUUUUGGCCAAGGACGAUGGACCAAUGUCAAGUAAGAUAUAGUGAAGCGCGUACAAACAGCCCUCGCGAACCAUUGAAUAUUCAAACAGCAUCAGCACAGCAUUGCACUCUUUCUUCGCUUUCUUGUCACUCUCGCAGUCAUCUAGAUUUCUAUUACUACCAAAGGAACUAAAUAUCUUGCUUCCAUGUCCACCUCUACUCGGCGCACUCGGCGCAAUCUGCGAAAGCGCGUGGCCCCAGAACACAGAAUCCCGCGCUACCACGCCUUCUCUACUCCUGAAGAGCAAGCAGCAUACAUCGAUGACACAGCACCCUCCCCUGCCAUCGUCUCUUGCCCCGUGAACAGCUCGCCUACGUUGACUGAGAUAUCGUUAGCCCGGG